CCGUUUCUCGUCGGUCAUGGGGGAUGUAAAAUAUGCCACAUUGCAUGGACUCUGAAACGCUAUGUUUAAAAAGCGCGAAUCAAUCUGAGGUGCGCCUGCGCAGCCUGGCCCUGGGGACAAGGUUACAAAAAUGCCCUACUGCUGCGAACGCGCUUAAAUUGUAUAAACCAUCAGUAUUCCUCGAGCACGACGUGAAUAAAAACCCCCCGCGGAAACGUGUGUUUGUCUUCCGCGUGUCUUCUAUUGGGACAGUAGGGGAUAUUCGGGUGCGCAUUGCACACAGAGCGAAUUUUACUUCGCUCUGCCGGCUAGCCAUCAUACACCCUUAUUUUUGAGAAUAGUUGUGAAUUGACUGCAAGAAACUCCCUGGGGCCAAGGAUUUCAUAGUAGCCUACACCGACUGUGGAUUUUGUGACAUUGGCAUACAAUGACAACUUCCACCCGUACAAUGACAGAUCCUUUGGAUUUCACUGAUCCCCAGGUUCUGGGCUAUAUGCUGGUUCCUCACCGGAACUUCAACCUGAUCAAUGGGGUCCACUCUCCCGACGAGGUCGACCAGAUCCAGAACUUGGAGAUCCGAGACUCAGACAUAUUCGCCGUCACUUAUCCCAAGUCAGGGACGAUCUGGAUGCAGCAGAUUCUGACUCUGAUAGAAGCCAAAGGUGACGUCACUCCAAACACAGAGCAUCUCAACGCACAGUGCGUCCCAUGGAUCGAGCUGAUUGGCAGUGAGAAGGAGUUUAACGCCACCCUUUCCCCCAGGCUACGGGUCACCCACCUGCAGUACAAGUUCAUGCCGCUCGCUGUCAGACAAAAGAGGGGAAAGGUGAUCUAUGUGGCCAGAAACCCUAAGGAUGUUCUCGUGUCCUAUUACCACUUCCACAAAUAUGCAGCCAUGCUGGAGACGCCGAAGGACUUCAAUGAUUUCUUUGAGAAAUUCAUGGAAGGGAAAGUUUUUGGGAACUGUUGGUUUGAGCACAUCAAGACCUGGUACGCUAAUAGAGACAACAUGAACUUCCUGUACAUCACAUAUGAAGAGAUGAUCAAGGACCUGCGCUCCGUGGUGGAGAGGAUGUGCAGGUUUCUAGGGAAGGAUUUGACAGAGGAGCAGAUGGCCAGUGUGGUGGAACACAGCACCUUUAGAACCAUGAAACAGAACCCACAGGCUAACUAUAAGACGAUGCCCGACUCCCUGCUUGACCACAACAAGGGCACAUUUAUGAGGAAAGGGACCAUUGGGGACUGGAAGAACCAUUUCACUGUUGCACAGAGUGAGAGAUUUGAUAGUGUCUUCCAGGAGAAGAUGAGGGACCUGCCCCUCUCCUUUACGUGGGACAUCAAUAGUGCCACGUGAUGAAAUCAUAGUCACGUCUUUCAGGGAUUUUUUUAAGUCCUUGGGCGGCCCCCCUAAGCAUUUUUUGGGGGUCACCUAAGUCCAAACAGUGUAAAAAUAACAGCUUUUUUUUUCAGGAUGGAAAAACGCUUUCAGAGUGAACUUAAAUGACCUGUAUUUUUUUAUUUUUCCACAGCAUUGUUGAAUACUUGUUUAUAAUGUACAGAAUGUGGCAUUUAUCCCUUACAUAAUAGAAUCUUUGAGAACGAACAGUCACCUAAAUAAAAGCUUGACAGUCAGGGACAAUUGAAAAAUCCCCAAACAAUUAAUUUAGCAGUACAGAUUUUGUUUGAGCAAAAGAACACAGAAUUAGCCAUCGCAAAAUCCAUAGAAUUGCAGGAAAUUUGCUUUAAUACUGAAAAUGUUUCUCGGCUCCAUGGCAGAAUAUGUUGAAUCACAGGGAAUGUGCUUUUAAAACGGCAAAUGAGGACCUCUAAAAUGUUUUCUAAAAUUCAGACCUCUGCACGCCCACCACUUAAGCCCAUUAUUGAUCCAGAAAAAACCCUGCCUUAGAGUUACAAGUUACCCUAGAUAACUUAAUAAGCUAUACCGAACAAAAAUGUUUCAUGAGUUGAAAUAAAAGAUACCAGAAAUUUUCCAUAGGCACAAAAAGCUUAUUUCUCUUAAAUUUCGUACACAAAUGUGUUUACAUCCCUUUUGGUGAGCAUUUUCCCUUAAUCUAAUCUAUCCACCGGUCUCAAGUUGAGGGUGUGCAAUUGGCAUGCUGACUGCAGGAAUGUCCACCAGAGGUGUUGAAUGUUCAUUUCUCUACCAUAAGCCACCUCCCCCGUUUUAGAGAAUUUGGCAGUACGUCCAACUGACCUCACAACCACAGACCACGUGUAACCACACCAGCCCAGGACCUCCACAUCUGGCUUAUUCACCUGUGGGAUGGUCUGAGACCAGCCACCCGGACAGCUGAUAAAACUGUGUUUACACAACCAAAGAAUUUCUGCACAAACUGUCAGAAACCGUCUCGGGGAAGCUCAUCUUUGUGCUCAUUGUCCCAACCAGUGUCUUGACCUGAAUGCAGUUUGGCGUCAUAACCAACUUCAGUGGGAAAAUGCUCACCUUUGAUGGCCACUGGCACACUGGAGAAGUAUGCUCGUCACAAAUUAAUCCCGGUUUCAAAAGUACUGGGCAGACAGCGUUUAUGGCGUUGUGUGGGGUUUGCCGACGUGAACAGAGUGCCCCAUGGCGGGGUUAUGGUAUGGGCAGGCAUAAGCUUCGGCCAACAAACACAAUUACAUUUUAUCGAUGGCAAUUUGAAUGAAGAGAUACCAUUACGAGAUCCUGAGGCCUAUUGUCGUGCCAUUCAUCCACCGCCAUCACCUCAUUUUUCAGCAUGAUAAUGCACAGCCCCAUGUUGCAAGGAAGUUCACAAUUCCUGGAAGCUGAAAAUGUCCCAGUUCUUCCAUGGCCUGCAUACUCACCAGACAUGUCACACAUUGAGCAGGUUUGGGAUGCUCUGGAUCAACGUAUGACAGCGUGUCCCAGUGGGCCAACAUUCCAAAGGCCACAAUCAACAGCCUGAUCAACUCUAUGCGAAGGAGAUGUUGCUCUCCAUGAGGCAAAUGGUGAUCAUACCAGAUCCUGACUGGUUUUCUGAUCCACGCCCUUACCUUUUCUUUUGAAGGUAUGUGACCAACAGAUGCAAAUCAAUAGAUUAGGGCCUAAUGAAUUUCAAUUGACUGAUUUCCUUAUAUGAACUGUAACUUAGUAAAAUUGUUGCAUUUAGGUUCACUGUAGUAUCUAUAAAACAAUAUGUCAAUUGUUUUCUAUUUGAAGGAGGGAAAAAUAGUUUGGCAAGUGUACAGUAACUUCAAACGCUGUACCCACAUGGUUUCAGUCGGUUUUGAAUGUGUAUAUAAAAAAGUGUUUAAAGAAUUGAAAUAUAUAAAGAGCAAUUGUCUUGA